UAGUAGGGGAGAGCUAAAAGGGUAUCUGCGCUUCGUGUACGGGUCGUUUGGAAGGGGGAUCGGGUCGGCUGUGAUGAGGAAAAGUAUUCGGGAUUUGGAUGAUGGUCAGACGAUGAACGGAAUGAAGGACAAAGGUGGAAAUGGACCCUUCUGGUUGGGGGGGAACGGCCAAACCAGCCAUUCGCUGAGGUGACAUGGAGCGUACCAAGCAGCCGGGGGGCGGCUGGGGCCUGAACGAGGCGCCGCGAAGGGUGACGAAAGCACUGCUUGCCCGUCGCUCACAUGCCAGAGAGGCACUCCACUCCACUGUGGCUGGUGGUUCUGACUAGUAGCACCUUAAUGCUCAGGUAUUCCAGUGUGAGAUGGCAUUUUGCAUUUGCCAAAGUCACAGAAUCUUCGCCUUCAUUGCUCUGGCUCAACUUCUACGCAAGAUUGCCAUGCUGCUCACUUGGGUCGUCUGAAACGUGCUGCUGCUGCCACGCGACAAGCAUGAUGCACUCGUGUGGCUUAGUGACGUUCCACAAAUAGCAUCGUGGCGGUGCAACACUUGGUACAAGUUCCAACGCCGGGCGGCGGCCUGACACGCACGCUCUGUGAAC